UUUAUCGCAAGUCCUUAAUGGGAUCCUUAGCCAAAAGAAAUGAAUUAAUUAAAUCAAAAUAAAAGGAAAAGGAGAUUAUCGAUCCUUAAUGUGGGAUUUUUGUGAUCGGUAAUAAGGGGGGUUUUAGAGGCACGUGUCAGCACAAGAGGCAAAAGUAUUUUUUUUUUCUAUUUUCUUUUCUGUUUUCCUUUUUUUCUCUCCUCACUUCAUUCUCUCAUCUCUCUUCGUUUUCUCCGUUAACGAAAAAGAAGUGGUCCGACGAUAGAUCGAAACCCACGACCGUGACUCCACCACCGAUCUUCCGUCGUGGUUCUCGUCAUUUCAUCUUCUCCGUCGCCGAUCGAAACAACCACCGAUCGAAACCACCACCAAUCGAAACCCACAACCGAUCAAAACGCAACAGCAAUGACGACGGCUAUCGCGAUCCAGACGGCGUCUCCUCCAUAUGGUCUCGUCAUCUCCGGUAGUAGAAGGAUCGAAACCCACCACCGAUCGAACGUCUUCUCUUGUUUCGUCCUCCGUCUUCUCUUGUCUUCACCGCCAGAAGAAGGAUCAAAAUCCACCAAGGAUGAAGACUGUGGCGGUCCUUACGGCGUCUCCGCUGUCUUCUCUCAGUCCCGACGAAGUCUCCUCCGUCGCUUCACGUCUUCUCCGGCAGAAGAACCCACCACGGACGACGAGUGUCUCGGUAGUCAUCAAAGCGGCGAUGCCGUCUUCUGUUUUGGCUCAGUAAUGGAGGCAAAGAUCUGAGUGAGGAGCCAAAGACAGCUUAUUUCUUGGAGGUGAAGGGUGUGAAACACUACUUGAGACUCUCGGUUAGAGAGACAAAGAUGAUGACAAGAGGUCACAAGACAAAGAUGAUCACGGGUGAGGUCGCAAGCUGGUAUGUGUCACGGGUGUUGUACUUAUGUUUGUAUGUAUGUGUCACAAGUGGUCACAAGGUUGUAUGUCUUUUACUAAUGUUUGUAUUUAUGUGACACGAGAACAAGUCACGAGAUGUUGUAAUCUAUACUAGUCAUUUGCUCUAUAUAAAGAUCUCAUUCACCAUCCAUUGUAAUCACCAAAACUUCUUCUCACCUUUUCACCAAACUCUCUUCUUCAGAGCUUGUAAAUCACCAAACGCUAUCCUUCUUUUUUUUUAAUCACAACUCCUACGAAUUACCAAACACUCACCUUUCUCAUCUCAUCUUCUCAUAGCUAUUCUCAGGAAACGCUAUUCUUCUUUUUUUUUUAAUCAACUAUAUUUAUUCAAUGGCUUCUUCUUCUCAUAAUACUUUCGAACAAGAUGAUGAAAGUUUUGAUCAAUAUUUUAAUCAAUAUAUUGAUGACUAUUUUGAUCAAACACUCGAGAAUUUAGCCAAUAAUAAUGGUGAUCAAGAAGUGGAAAGAAGAACAAGAAAAAAACGAGUUCAUAUAGAAAGAAACCGGGAAGAAGGCGAUAAACGUUUAUGGAAUGAUUAUUUCAGUGAAAAUCCAACAUAUCCUGAAAAUCUAUUCCGACGACGAUUUAGAAUGAACAAGCCAUUGUUCCUGCGUAUUGUUGAUCGACUCUCUAAUGAAGUUGAAUACUUUCGAGAAAAGAAAGAUGCUCUCGGAAGGCGUAGUCUCUCUGCACUUCAAAAGUGUACAGCAGCCAUUCGUGUCUUGGCGUAUGGUUCUGCGACUGACGCUGUUGACGAAUACCUCCGACUCGGUUCAACUACUGCUCGGUUAUGUGUGGAACAUUUUGUCGAAGGAAUAAUAAAUCUAUUCGGCGCUGAGUACCUACGAAGACCAACACCGGCUGAUCUUCAACGUCUACUUUAUAUUGGUGAGCAACGUGGAUUUCCGGGGAUGGUAGGAAGCAUCGAUUGUAUGCAUUGGGAGUGGAAGAAUUGUCCCACCGCUUGGAAAGGGCAAUAUUCACGUGGUUCGGCUAAACCCACAAUCGUAUUAGAGGCGGUUGCUUCGUACGAUCUAUGGAUAUGGCAUGCGUUUUUUGGACCUCCAGGUACUUUAAACGAUAUCAAUGUUCUUGAUCGCUCACCAGUUUUUGAUGACAUAAUAAACGGUCAAGCUCCGCAAGUUACUUUCUCUGUCAAUGGAAACGAGUAUCGUUUGGCUUACUAUCUCACCGAUGGUAUUUAUCCGAAAUGGGCAACUUUUGUCCAAUCUAUUUCACUACCACAAGGUCCGAAAGCGGCUUUAUUUGCUCAACAUCAAGAAGGUGUCCGAAAAGAUGUUGAGCGUGCUUUUGGAGUCUUGCAAGCUCGAUUUGGGAUUAUUAAAAAUCCAGCACGUAUUUGGGAUAAAGCCAAAAUCGGGAAGAUUAUGAGAGCAUGUAUCAUACUCCAUAAUAUGAUAGUUGAAGAUGAACGAAAUGGAUACCGUCAUUUUGAUGUUUCAGAGUUCGAACAAGGAGAAGACAACGGAGGUUCACAUGUGGAUCUCACGUAUUCUACGGACACGCCUUCAAAUAUUGCCAAUAUGAUGGGUGUUCGAACUACUAUUCGUGAUAAACAAAGACAUCGACAACUGAAGGCUGAUUUGGUUGAACAUAUAUGGCGUAAAUUUGGACAUAAUGAAGACAACAACUGAAUUUAGAUGUUUCUUUCUAAAUUUUCUCGUUUAUUUUAGUAAUCUUUGUUUUUAUGUUUUUAUUUAAAAUCCUAUCUUGAAAAUGUUUCUUUAAUUAUGUUUCAUUUAAUAAAUAAAAUUGUCUUAAAAUUUUUUUUUUUUCUUAAGAACCCUUAAUUAAGAAACUACCAAUGGAGGCACAAAAUCAAACAAUUUCUUAGUAGAGUUCUUAAGUCCACUAAUGUACACUUAUAUAGUUAAAUAAUCAUUAAGAAAUCCAUUAAGGAUCCAAGGGAUAAACAUGCUCUAAUACCAGUGUUUGCUGAUAGACAUGGAUUAAAAUUAUGUUAAACGCAGACGUCAUUGUUUAAGAUUUUUUCACUGCUUCAUCGUAUGAUUUAUUACAUAAUAACAAUUAAUAAUAAUCAUUUCUAAACGGCAAAAAGAACUAUUUUUGCAGAUUACCAAUAACAUUUAAAAAGAUCACCACAGAAGCUGUGUUCCUUACAAAAAGGUCUCUUUCAAUGUUCAAAAGAACAGCUUUAAAAGUAUAUGAGCGCGAA